CGAACCCAGAAAUACAGGAUUCCGCGUACAAAAACUAGUAUCAUCCACCGUCACGCGGCGUUCGCCAAAAUAACCGCAAGCAAUUUUACAUUUUCGAUUCAGAUUCGAGUCCGCCGCCGGGCUGGCGAGAGCGUCGCGCGCCACGCAGAAUUUAUUUAAAAAUAAUCGCGUUUCGUUACUGCAGUGUUGUUUCUAAAUAUAGUUUUUGUGUUGUGGAUCAUGAUUUUAUAUUGGUACAAACAGGCAGAAACCAACUAGAAUCCAAUAUCUAGUGAACGUUUAAAAAUAAAUGGCCCCAGUGUAUGUUAUGUGAAGUGAGCGUGCGAGCGAGACAGCGACGGUGGCUGAAGAGAGACAGAAGAUGUCGCUAGUAGCGCCACGGCGGGUCCAGUUGGACUGGGCUCCUUCUAUAAUACCUUGGGAGAAAGAGCCGACCUGCGAGAGGGACUCCUCGUUCAAGCAGGCGGCGCACCAGUCCAACAGAUCCGAGUCCUCGUCAUCAUCAGCGGACACCGCCUCGCAGGGCUCCGGGUCAGACGCGCGGCCCCAGCGAAAUGUGCCCCAGCGUGAAGAGAGGCGAUUUGAAGCCGCCCUCGGCCCUCGGGUGCAAGCCAAUCCACUAUUAAGGUCCCGAACUUUACCGAACUUCGGCGGUAACCGCGAGCGCUCUGUGUCCCGCUGCGAUACAUCGCGCCGCGCCCACCACAUCACCAUGGCCAGCGAGGACCUGCUCCAGCCGGGACACGUGGUCAAGGAGAGAUGGAAGGUCGUGAAAAAAAUCGGCGGCGGCGGCUUCGGCGAGAUCUACGAGGGUCUGGACCUGGUGACCCAGGAACAGGUGGCCCUGAAGGUGGAAUCCGCCAGGCAGCCCAAGCAGGUGCUGAAAAUGGAGGUGGCUGUGCUGAAGAAGCUGCAAGGAAAAGAGCACGUCUGCCGCUUCAUAGGGUGCGGUCGGAACGCGCGCUUCAACUACGUAGUGAUGCAACUGCAGGGAAGGAACCUGGCAGAGCUGAGGAGGGCGCAGCCGAGGGGCGCCUUUUCACUGUCCACCACACUCAGGUUGGGCCUGCAAAUACUCAAGGCGAUAGAUUCCAUACACUCAGUCGGAUUUUUACAUAGGGAUAUUAAACCAAGUAACUUUAGCAUAGGCCGACACCCCUCAAAUUGUCGGAAAGUGUAUAUGCUGGAUUUCGGUCUGGCCAGGCAGUACACCACCAGCAACGGGCAGGUCAGGCCUCCCCGCGCCGCGGCAGGCUUCAGAGGUACAGUCCGCUACGCGUCAAUAAACGCCCACAAGAACAAGGAGAUGGGCCGCCACGACGACCUGUGGUCGCUCUUCUACAUGCUAGUAGAGUUCGUGAACGGGCAGCUGCCGUGGAGGAAGAUCAAAGAUAAGGAGCAGGUCGGACUGAUGAAAGAGAAGUACGAUCACCGCCUCCUCCUCAAACACUUGCCUUCAGAGCUCCGCCAGUUCCUCGAACACGUCCAACAGCUGGAAUACGCGGACAGUCCAGACUACUGCAUGCUGACCGCGCUGCUGGAGAGGUGCUGCAAGCGGAGGGGCAUCAGGGACACGGAUCCGUACGAUUGGGAGAAAGAUGCGGCGGCGGCGGGAGGCGCGACGGGCCGCCUGCGCGCCGCCGUGCACGCCGCGCCCGAGCACGCCGCGCCCACCGACAGCGUGCCCGACAACGUGAGUAUACCGCACUGCUCACACCACACAUAUAUACACAUUACACACAUACAUACGCAGGCGGCGGCGGCGGGAGGCGCGACGGGCCGCCUGCGCGCCGCCGUGCACGCCGCGCCCGAGCACGCCGCGCCCACCGACAGCGUGCCCGACAACGUGAGUAUACCGCACUGCUCACACCACACAUAUAUACACAUUACACACAUACAUACGCAGGCGGCGGCGGCGGGAGGCGCGACGGGCCGCCUGCGCGCCGCCGUGCACGCCGCGCCCGAGCACGCCGCGCCCACCGACAGCGUGCCCGACAACGCGGCGGCGGCGGGAGGCGCGACGGGCCGCCUGCGCGCCGCCGUGCACGCCGCGCCCGAGCACGCCGCGCCCACCGACAGCGUGCCCGACAACACCCGCCGCCGCCUAGAAACGGAGGCUACAAUGGCCGGGACGGACACGGCGCCCGCAUUGCUGGCGCACAAACUGGACAACAAACGCCCUGAGCCGGACAAACACGUCAAUGGAUACUCGACCACAGACAAGCCGACGGCGGAGAAAGAGCCUGAAGCCAAGACCACCCCGGCGCCCUCGCCCGACCGACAUGCCAAGGAAACAAGCACGUCAGUGGUAACGGGAACUACGGCGACGCGGCCCGAGCGGCAGAGCGUGCCGCCGUGCAAGCCGCGCGUCGGACCCGGUGGGCCGACGUUGGCGCGACUGCGCGUGGUGACGGCGCCGCCGUGCUGUGUGCAGGAACUCGCGCACCAGGACCACACGCCCGCCACCAGCAACCCGGCUGAAGCGGUCAGCCCCAGGAUCUUGGCUGAUGUGGACAGUGUACACUCGGACACGCAUUUCAAGAGAGGCACCCGCAGGGCGGCGAGAGCUCGCGCCGACCAAAGCUACACACAAUUUGCUGUCAUGGACGAUGAAAAUGUAUCCGCUUUACAACAGGUGACAAAGGGAGGCGCCCUGACUCUAGUGUCUCUAUGGAAAUCUCAGUUCGACGACUCAGAGGAGACCACAGACAAUGAAUGGAAACAGGAACAGCUACAGUCUCCAGAGCAUCGAACAGGCGCCAGCAAUGCUCGCAGCAGUGCGGUUUCUAGUUCAGCCAACGCUCCGCGCACACAGCGCGCCAACACAAACACUAAUAUCCAGCUCAACGCGAGGGACCCUCCCCCCGCACUACAGGUACCACAGUCACCCGAGCACCGAACAGUCAGCAAUGCUCGCAGCAGUACGGUUUCUGGUUCAGCCAACGCUCCGCGCACACAUGUUCAGUUCAACGCGAGGGACCCUCCCCCAACACUACAGGUACCACAGUCACCCGAGCACCGAACAGUCAGCAAUGCUCGCAGCAGUACGGUUUCUGGUUCAGCCAACGCUCCGCGCACACAUGUUCAGUUCAACGCGAGGGACCCUCCCCCCACACUACAGCCCCUGCCAGUGCCGGUCCCCCCGGCCGUGGAGCGGGCCGCGGCCCCGCCGCCGGCGCCCCUGUCCCCGCGGCCGCAGCGCUGCCUGCACAUCCCCGGCAUAGAGGCCUUCCCUAAACUGCGGCCCGCUUUACCGAGAAGCUGGACUUUACCUGCUAUAGGCGCUCACGUCCGUAAGCUCCGAGCGCCGCUACUCCAGCAGGCCUCCUUCGACGGCGGCAGCGGGGGCUCGCUGCGGUACAGGGUGGACGUGAUGCGGGGCGUGGCCUCCCGCCACGAGGGGCCCCCCACCCCCACCCCGCCGCAGAGGGCCAACAGUGCGCCGAGCCUAUCAAGUUCGUCAACAACCACAGCGCCGCCGCGAAGACCAGAGAAACAGGACCCGCCAGAGGGCGCCACGGUAUCUAGCCGGCUAGAAAUACGAGUCAGACCGCCUGACUCCGCCUCCCCUGGUCAUUCAGUGAAAAUCCAUUCUGUCGUGAGUGGGGGAGAACCAAUCAGGAACCACGAGGACGCUUCUAUUUAUUAUGACGCCACGGACCAUAGAGACAAACGGUCGUUGACUCGGAGCGGCGAGAAGAGCCAAAGUCCAGCCGUGGAAAGGACCAGGCUAGACACUAUACCAGAUAGAACUCCAAUUGUGAAACGGGAAGUGUCCAGCGCGGGUGGCGACGGAUCUCAGAGUUUGAGAGAUCGUUCGACCACCAGCGCCACCACGUCCCGUAUCCCCAUAGCGACCAUGGCGGAGAACAGGCUGGCCAAGUGCGCCUCCUGGAGCGGGGACGGACCCUUAUCCCCGGACCCUAACGAUCUGACGCCAGCGCUCCGCCGCCGGCGUCAGAACGCGAGUGAGAAGUACGCGGCGGACCCCGCGCGGGACCUGAACCUGCGCUUCGCCCGCCCCAGGCAUCGGCAGCCGCCCGCCGUGCACUCCAGGAGCGGGUCCCGCGGCGUGGCGCUGCUCCCGUCCCCCCCGGGCUCGGGCGCCUCCUCCCCCUCCGCGUCCCCGCCCCCCGCGCCCCCCGCGCCCGCGCCCCCCGCCCCCGCGGACCCCGCGCCGCACAACGCCGCGCGGGCCAGGAGGUUCCGCCCCCUCUCCAUCGCGCCAUAGGACACCACAAAUAGCUGUGACACAGCGGAGGACUUCUAAACACUAACAUAUACACAGUAUAUCGUUAUACUAGUUACGUACACAUACACAUUGAGAUUGAACAUGAGAUUCGACAAGU